CCGUCGAGUGCUUCGUGGUAGAGUUUCGCCGUGGAAAAUUCGUGUUCGUCAACAGUACGCGAUGGAAAGUGGCGCGGCGUGGCACUUUUCCGACCGUAAACGGUGGCCGGCGUCGGUUUCCGUCCGUUUUUGGUGAAAAUCGCCGCGGAAACGCCGAAUAAACCGGCGAAAUGCGGAUGCGUAUAGGUUAUGUUCGUCGUUAAGGGCGAUUGUUGCAUGUUUACCGUACCAGCGGGUGUUUAUGCCCACCUUUUCUAUUCGGCUGCCCCGUUCGGAUGAAAGUUUUUAGUGAAAACGCGUUAAUUCGGUUCAAAUUAAUAGGUGCGUCGUUAUUCGAUAAAUCAAUUCGAAAUUGGUGAAAUUUUCGGGGUGCGAUCCGAGGCAGCGGGCCAUGACGUCUCUUUAAAGUGACAGUGCGAAACGAAAAGUUGUCGGUAGUGAAUGUUUUGUGCAAAUUCGGAUUAUUUAACGGAUUACCAGAUGCCGCUUGGAAUAUAAACGAAACCCAAAGCGGAGCCUCGACGUCCCAACCAUGGAACUUCCCGUCAAGAGGCCGGAGAAGAUAAAAUUGAACGAGAUAAACCGGUACUUGUCGUGCUAUCUGUGCAAGGGUUAUCUGAUAGACGCCACCACCAUAUCGGAAUGUUUACACUCGUUCUGCCGCAGUUGCAUUAUAAAGUUCCUAGAAGAAAACAGCUACUGUCCGGUAUGCGAGGUGAUCAUAAACAAGGCCAAGCCCAACCUGAAGCUGGACAAGACGCUCCAGGAUAUCGUUUACAAACUGGUGCCGGAACUUUUCGUCAAGGAGAUGACGAGGAGAAAAAUCUUUUACCAGCAGUACCCCCAGCUGGCGACGAGGGUAUCGCCCGAAGAACGUGGCGAGGACACCGAAAGAACCAUUUUCAGUCCGCAGGAGAAAAUCAGUUUGUCGUUGGAGUACAUCUGCGAUGACUCCGCCCCCGGGGCAAUACGGAUCCCUGGCAUCGCAACUGAUCCGGACGCCCUGAAGGACGGCUGCUUGGGAGACGAGACGCCCGAGUCGCUAAUGAAACGGUACCUCCUUUGUCCGGGCAUGUGCAGAAUCGACGUUCUGAAAAAGUUCGUCAGGAAUAAGUACAGCGUAGAUACCAGUCAAUUUUACAUCGAUAUAUUGUACAAGAGGGUGCCGCUUCCGGAUCACUAUACCCUCAUCGACAUCGCCUACAUCUAUUCGUGGCAGCGGAACGAAACGAUGAAGUUCUUCUUUCGCAUAACGGACAUAAACAAAGCGCCGAAAAGGUUCGAUUACUUCGACGCGUCGCAAACAGUGCCGGAAUUCCUACCGAAACCCCUGACGAGGUCUAGGAACAGUCCUCUCAAACGAAGAUCCGCCACAGCGAAGGUGGGAGGCGGCAUUCGGCCCGGCGCGGAGAUGACCGUCACUGCCGCAGUGAAGGUGGAGGUGAAAAGUGAAUGUGAUAUUGAGCGGAAGAAAAUCAGUGACGAUAACAAUUGUGAUAGCAACGCUAGUGAAUCCGGUGAAAGUGCCACGAUUAAAACCGAGCCGGACAAUAAACCCACUACUGAAACAGACGAUGUUAGCGAUAAGAAGGCUAUCGAUAAGCCGGACAGCGUCGUUCCUAGCGAAACGAAGGACGAACCCGUUCCGACAACCGGCGACAUAACGAAAGGGGACGUAAAACAACAACCGCUCGAUAACACCUACACCAAAAUCACCCUCAACCGUACUAACAACGUGGAAAUAGUCACCAAAGUGCAGCCCGCGUCCGAUAAGCAAAACCAGCAGAGCGCCGCGCGGCGUGUCGUCAAGCAGACGCUUACCAGACCCGCGAAGGGGCCCAACAAGGCGGGAAAAAUUUCCAUCCCGAAGCUGGUGCUGUCGAAGAAGUUGCCCAAACCGAAACUUGAAGCACCGGAUAUCGACGACGAGAAGUCGCGGUUCUUCAAGAGCAUCGAGUUGACGGCCAAGGCCUCCACGCCACCUAAUACGAUCAAAAAGAGGAAAAGCAGCAGUCCGAUCAAGGCGGAUAAAGCCAAGAGACCGGUCAAGAUCAUCCUGCAGGAAAAACCGCGCGAUAGCGGUUUGCAGUCGCUGAUCGACAGCUGCAAAAUCAACAUACCGUCCUCCCUUUCGAUUACGAUUAAGGAGAGUUCGGAAGAGAACGCGAAGCCGCCGGUGGCGCCUCCGGUCAAGAACUACAUCGAGAUCUUAAAGCUGCCGGACGAGAAUUCGUCCGGCUGCGACGAAAAGUCCGCCAAGCUGGACAUGAGCAAGUUUUGCGACAGCGACAGCGAGCAAAAGGUCGACCAAGAUUUGUCGGAGAUCGCCAAGAGUUUGACGGAGAAGAUUCCGAUGUCGACGACCAUCUCGCACAUCGUGGGACCCAAGCAGCAGUUCCCCAUACCGGUGAAGAUGCCGCCCGUCCAGCCGGCCGCGGUGCCCGAGCUGAGCAAGGCAUUGGAAUCGACGAAGGACAGCAAGCCGCCGCAAACGUUCCAGAAGAUAUUCGAGGAGUCGAUCAAGAAGGCACCGGAAGGCGACCAGAUAGCGACCCCUAACGGCGGCAACAAAAGGAGCCUGGUGGAGAUCGCGACGCGUCUGUUUAAGAAGAGCAAGACGGAGCCGACGAAGACGGCGACGGAGGCGUUGCCGAAAGUGGCGAUCCCCAGGCUGCCGCACCAGAGGACGUUCAGGAUGCAAGGCAGCGCGAAGCUGGUGCCGCAGACCGUGGCCAGUUUGCACUCGACCAGCCUGGGCAUGAAUUACACCGUGUCGGUGGGGCAAACGAGUCCGACGAAGACGUCCAAGGUGAACGGCACCGUGUCGCCGGCGAAAGCGGAGUCCGUGCCGAAGAUUCCCGAGUGUAAAGCGUCGGCGUCGCCCCUAAACGAACCGAAAACGGUGAAGACCGAGUUCAAGGUGCCGACGCCGAGCCUUGGCUCGGCCAAGCUACCGGACAGUGUUUCUCCCAAGCACUCGCCGAAAUCUUCGCCGGUAGUCAAGCACAUGUACGCGCCGGUCAACCAAAAGUUGAACCGCUUCGCCAACAUAUCGCCGAAACUGCCGAAUCCGCCCUCGAAAUCUCCGAGUCCCUCCAAAUCCAACUCCCCUCCCACGUCUUCGUCGAACCCGCUCAGUCCUAACGAGAUCCUCGAGAAGUACAACAUCCAGAACCUGGCGCAACUCACUGCCAGUCUGAAUUUUAACCCGGCGGUGUUGGCGCUGACCGCGCCGUCCAAUCAGCUGGCCGUGUUUCAACACGCGAUGCUGCUGAAGCAUUUCGAGCUGCAGAACAGGCAGAGUUGGCUGGCGAGGAAUCAGGGCCCGUUGCUGCAGUACGAGAAGUACCUGCAGAGUCUCAACGGCGCCCCAGGGCAGCAACUGAUGGGGAACAUCAAGGAGAAUUGAGCGGCGACGACAAGCCGGAGUACAGGGUGUCUUUCGAUUUGUUAAUGGUCGUUAUGGCGGCGGCGUCGCCUGACGAGCCGAAACGUCGCGAUUUUUCCGGUCGAUGGUGGUCGGGUCGAUCGAACUACGGGGUGGUCCCUUGAAAAUUUCGAUAUUACACGGCUCUGGAAUGUCAUUCAAAAAGAAUUUGCCGCCGUGAUUGCUUUCAAUGUAUACAGGGUAUUCCUAACUGCAGUGUGCAAAACGUUAAUAGCGUUUUGUGCGUCUAAAAUAAGCGCCAAUUCGUUUUCGAGAUUCAGGGUGUGAAAGUUUGAAGAAAAAACGUUUUCUAUCUUUAUAAAAUUUGAUACUGUCGUAAGAAGCGUUUUUUGACGUAAAAGAGUUGUUAAAGUUUCUAUCAGUGGCGUCUCGAAUUUGCCGCCGUAAUCUCUCUGCAUGCAGGAUGUCCGUAACUACAAUAUUCAAACUUGAACGUUGCGAAUAAGCUUCAAUUUCUUAUAUAAAGAUAUGUCAAGGACGACAAGUUUUAAAAGCUAUAAUUUUUACCGUAUCCCCAAAUGUCUUUAUAAAAUUUAACACGCACAUUUCGAGCGUCAAUAACAUUGGACAUACAGAGUUUUCAAAAAAGUAAAAACUAUUACGGUUUUUAAUUUGGUAUUAUGGAAAAUGUCUUUUUUUUUCUUUUAAAAUUUUAUUAAAUUAGGAUCUAUUUUGGACGUAACUGUUACAUUUUGAUGCGUUAUCAAAUUUUGAUUUAGAAUUUUAAAGUACCAAUAUUAAUUUUUCUUUAGUUAAUCAAAGGAGGGUGUUUUCUAUACAGGGUGUUUCGUAUUAAGAUGGGAUAUUUUAAGAAAAAGAGGUUUUUUUUAAUGUAGGUGCCAAUAUAUGUAUGGUAUUAAAAUUAAAAAAAAAAGAUAUUUCCUCAUGUUCAUUGAAUCUGCCUUAGAUAUUUUCUUGAAAUUUGUGUUUCUACAUGCACCAUUGGCAUCGUACGCCACUAAUUACGUUUUUAAAAUCGCGACUCGUUUUUUAGCGGAAAAAUUAAAAAGCAAUAAAAAUCUUAUUUUAUCAUUAGAAUUAAAUGAAUAACUAGUCAUAAACAGUCAACUAUAAAAAUUAGGAAAACCCAUUUUAAAAAUUAUUUUGAACAUCCCGUAUUUCAAAAAUGAGGCGACUGCGAACCUACAUCAGCAACUUAUUAUGAGACACCCUGUAAGAUUCACUCACCAAGGAAGCCUAAACGCAAUGACUUGAUAUUUUCUCUUACUUUACAUACUUCGUCUAGCUAUGCUAAAUUUUCACGGAAAAAUAUCCUUGAUCGAAAGUGUGGACCGCCACGAAUUGGACAAAUCGUUACUGAUCGGCAAUUUCUGUAACCAAGUAUACGUCUGGCGACUCCGGAUAGAAAAUUAUUGUUUAAGUGCGAAAACCGUUUUUCUAACAUAAUCUCAGGUUUGUACAAACUACUUAAAAUAACGGCGUCAUUCUAAGAUAAACGUUCUGAGAAUUGAGUGUUUCCCAAAUAAUCUGAUCCGUAUCGUCUCCAUUAUCCUUUCUUCGCUCCUUUGAUCUCUAAUUGGUGUGGACAAUUUAUUGCCUUGUUGUUUAAAUGUCAUUCAUAAGAUGUUUGCCACGUUGCGUUGUCCGGGUGUUUUUUAUCGUCUUGGAAAAUUGAGUCCGACCAGGAUUUAAGAACCUCUGAUUUAUUUUAAUAAAUUUUCGACCUUGAUGGCGAUUUUAAUGGCGCAAGAGUUGCAAUUUUUUACGAAAACGACUAUUUAUUAUGGUUACUUUUGUACGGCGAAUGGGCAAAUUUGCAUGUUACUAUGGGAGAUUUGAGAACUUGAAGGUCGUGUUUUUUGAGUUACACGAAAAAAGAUAAUAACCCAUUCUUUGUGUGGAAUGGGUCUCGUAGGCUAAACGACAUAAGCUACUGGAUAAGAAAACUCCUGUGUUUUAUGUAUCGUCACACU